AUGAUGGACACCGGCUUCAUCCACCACUAUUUCCCCCACAUUUUCGGCUAUCUCAGCUUCAUCGCCAAUUCUCUCUUCAUCUUCAUUUGCCUAAAAUGCACCCGGAGAUCAAUGGGAGCCUAUAAAUAUAUGCUCGUCAUGUUCGGCAUUUUUGAUAUGUGUUAUUCGACGGUGGAUAUGGUCGUUUCGAUGGGUUCACAUUCCGAAGGCAACACUUUUUGCCUUUUUAUUAGUGAUGGCCCGUUUUUUAAUGUGAGUUAGCCUAACUUCUAGGGUUUCUAGGUCAUAGUUUUCCGUGUCUAGACCUCGAAAAACCCCCAAGAUUUUUGGUUUCUUGGUGGUCUUCUGUCAUCAUAAUAAGCGAAAUGUCAUUUAGCCUAACUCGAAGCGAAAAAAAAUUAUAAUCAAAUUUCGUAUAGCCAAAAAAUUACCUGCUCGGCGAUAAUUCAAUUUUCGGAGGAGGAGGAAGUUAGACAUGCAGAGUGACUAGACAACUAGAGUUCUAAGAUAGUUAGAGACGCAGACAACUAGAGUCUAUAAAAGAUCUAAGGACGCAGAGAAAGGUCAGAAGGCUAGAAAAAGUUAGAGAGAAGUAAGAAACCUAGAGAUUCUCAGAAAGUUAUAGACGCAGAGAAAUUCGACAGCUAGAGUUCUGAGAUAGCUAGAGACGCAGAGAAAGGUCAGAAGGCUAGAAAAACGCAGAAAGGCGCCUUUGGAGUUCUAGGAUUAGAGAGGAAGAGGAAGUUAGACAUGCAGAAUGACUAGACAACUGGAGUCUAGAGACGCAGAGGUCAGAAACCUAGAGAUUUUCAGAAGGUUAGAGACGCAGACACUCCACAAUUUUUUGCAGCAAGUCGAAGCCGGUUUCACGGCUCUCUGCAUUCGCUGCAUGUUCUUCAGCCUAAGCUACGGUGUUCUCGAAGUUCACUUCAUCUACAGAUAUAUCGCUCUAAUCAAACCCUAUUAUCUUCAAAUCUUCACCAAUCCAAAAUGGAUCAUAGUGAUAAUACUGGGUGUUUUCACCCAAGGUGGCAUCUGGUUCUGUUCAGUUUUCAUUUUCCUGAAGGGCGACGAUGAAAUGCGAUCUUAUUUGGCUGAACCAAUUCGUCGAACUUAUGGAGUAGAUGUUUAUAAGAUCGCGAUUCUAGGAAGCACUUAUUGGGGAGCUUCGACUGAACUUAUUGUUAGAACUUCGAUUGGAAUCUUGAUUAUCACUGUGAUCUCGUGUUUUACGAUUAUAUUUUGUAUUUGGGUUGGAUGGACGGUAAGAACAUCGAGUCUAGAUUCAAAAUGAUCAGAGAUUCAAGCUGAAAUCGAAUUUCAGAUUCACAAGAAGCUGGGAGUUGUUCAAAUGUCAGUGAAUACCAAGAAAAUGCAUCGAAACCUGCUUCGCUCCUUAGCUGUUCAAACUUUCAUUCCAUUUGUUAUAAGUUACUUGCCGUGUACUUUAACCUGGACUGUUCCACUUUUACAUAUUGAUUCGAAGACGUGAGUUUCGAGCGGCUCUGCCGCGAGUGUAGACCGCAAGCUUCCGCGUAGUGGCCACGCCUUGUGAUGAAUAGCCGAGCGGCUCUGCCGCGAGUGUAAACCGCAAGCUUCCGCGUAGCGGCCACGCCUUGUGAUGAAUAGCCGAGCGGCUCUGCCGCGAGUGUAAACCGCAAGCUUCCGCGUAGCGGCUGGGGAUAAACCUAGAAUCUCAUUGUCAGCCAUAGCCUGUAAACCGCAAGUUUCCGCUUUCCGCAUUCACUUCAAAACAAAGCGACAAGCUCCUCUGCGUCCCUAACGCUCUCUAGUUCUCUGACUCUAGUCAUAUCUAGAUUCAAAUUAAUUCCUUGGCAUCCCAAAAAAUCCAGAAAAUGUUUUCCAGCCUAAACAACUACGCCGCAAUGGCCGUCUCAAUAUUCCCCUUCAUCGACCCGAUUGCAAUCAUUCUCCUUCUCCCCGAAUACCGAAACGCGUUAUUCAAUCUCAUCUGCUUCUGGAGAAUCAAAGACCGUGUUGGUCCAGAAGCAUCGUCUCAACAACAAAAAGGCAGUUCUAUGGGGAUGAUUUGA